AUGCAGCGCUGUAUUCGUGCACAAAGAGGCUGCGCACCAUUGCGGCGGCCUUGUGCAUGUUGCAGAUCACAAUUUUCUCUCUCGUCUAGACCGAAUCUACGACAAUCAAUCCCAAAGACAGCCGUCCUCGACCUCCCUCCUCCGCGAUGCUUCAGUAAUAAUACCUUGCGCCGUGACGAAGCAAAAACAGAGUCGCACAGCAGGGCCACCGAUUCACAAGCACAUCCACUGUCGGGUUAUUACUAUGACCUUUUAUACAACAGCUCUUAUCCGCACCGGCCGGCGGUUCGCGCCGUCGAGAGACCAAAGGAGGAGGAGCACCAACAAGAAAAAGAGCCAUCCAAAGAUGAGAAAAUGUCGAUAGUGUUUGGUACGCGACUCGCCGGUCCAGGCUACCAGUCAACACGAUACAAUCCCGAAACCAUGCCGCCCGAGUCAACCUGGAAGACUAUCAACGGGGUACCCAUCCCGCCGCGCCCGUCGGAGCCCGAUAAUUGCUGCAUGAGCGGUUGCGUGCACUGUGUCUGGGACGAUUAUCGGGAUGAUCUCGAGGACUGGGCUUCGCGAGUACAAACAGCAAGGGCCAAGAUUUCCCACGCAGCAACAAGUGAUACUCCGCAGUCGGAUAUGCGUCAGUCCCCCAGGAAAGAAGUUGCCAGUGCCAGUGUGAGCAUGGAUGAUGAUGGCGGAGGCAGUGAGAGUAAUUGGGAGCUGCCGUCGUCGCCAGAUGGAGAUGAACUGUUUGCGGGGAUUCCUGUGGGUAUCAAGGAAUUCAUGAGGACUGAAAAGAAGCUUCGAGAGAAGAAGCAGCAGGAGGGAGGUUGA